AUGUUGGAACAACCAAUUAUACAUUAUUCCAAAAAAGAACUACCUCGAUUCUCCUUAAAUCAUCUAUAUCAUCAAUCAGAAAAACUAUCAUCAAGCUUUAUACUACAAAAUGCAAGGGAAACAAUAGAGCAUUUGCUAAUAUAUAACGCGAGAAGAUUGAAAGAAUUUCGAAAGUUACCUUAUCUUGUGGUACUAAAUCCAUCAAUAUCGGAAAGCUAUGAUACUUAUUUACAAUCCAUGAGCUCGUUAUUGAAAGCGAGUCUAUAUACGCCACAUACUUUGGAAGAAAAUACCAUUCUAGCAAAUGAUGUACUUUCAAAAUUUAUUAGUAUUCAUGCAGAUACAUUACCAAGCUUGUCGAAGGGAUUUGGAGAAGUGAGUAACUUGUUAACAACAAAGCAGAUUACACAAUUUUUGGAUAAUCAUUUGCAUGAGAGAAUUAGUAUGAGAUUGAUAGCACAUCAACAUAUUGAACUAACGAAAACAAUAAAUGAUCCUGAUAAGUUUGUGAAAGGUGGGAAGUAUAAUGGAGUUGUAAAAUUAUUAUACUUACCAGAUGUCAUUAAAAAAAAUGCUGAAGUAGUGAAUGAUAUCACAAUGAUGAAAUAUGAUCAAUCUGUUCCUAUCAAGAUAGACACGAAUUUGAGGGCAGUAUAUUGGAGUCAAAAAGACCCUUCUGAAACAAGUAAAGAAAAUCAUUUAUAUUUCCCAUAUAUUGAGUAUCACCUUGAUUAUAUCUUUAUGGAAUUAUUUAAAAAUUCAUUUCGAGCUCAUAUAGAGAAUAAAGUUACGGAUCCUGUCGCAAUAACCGUGUCUGUGUCUCAGGAUUCUCCAAAAUUCAUGGAAAUUAGAAUUAGAGAUAAAGGUAAAGGAAUAUCUCAAAAUACUUUGAACCACAUUUUUGAUUAUUCUUUUACUACAUUUGAGAGUAAUGAGGGAGAGAGUUUCAAAACAUUAAAUGUACCACCAGAACAACUUGGUGGUGGUAAUACAGUUGCAGGAAUGGGAUUUGGACUACCUUUAGCUAAACAAUAUAUUGAAAUAUUUAAUGAAACCGUUAAUGAACGUGAUGAGACAAAAGGUCUGUUGACUGUUCAAACUUAUCCAAGUUGGGGUACGGACGUAUAUUUGAAAACUGUAGGAUAUUAG